CAGUAAUAAAAAAGUCCCAGAUUUCUCAGGUACUAAUGAUAGCAUAUGAUUCAUCAAUAAUAUCCUUAUAUUAAUCAUUUUUUUUAGAUUCUUAUUUUAGAUUUCAAACCUCCAAAACAUACAUAGAUUGAGAACCAAUUAGAAAUUCAUAGGUAUCAAUUAUCAAAAUUAAUAGAACUUUGAAAGGGAAUGUGUAACGUCGUUAUAAGAAUGAUGAGUUUGAACCUAAAAUAAAUUAAAAAGUAUCUCUUCCCAGUCUACCUAAUUUUAAAAAAGCAGAUUUAUAAAGUGAUCAAAGUAUUGAAUUUUAUUAAAUUAGAAUUGCUGAAUCUUUCAAAUGGAACAAAGCUUCAUAAUAGAUUACCAAAACUAGAAGCAAAAAGUGAAAUACCUAAAUAAUUAAAGUAUAUAUUGAUGAUGAAAUAAUAAAAAUUAGAUUAGAAGAUGCAAUCAUUCAUUAUAAUAGUGUGACUCCUGAAAGAAGAUAAUAGAGUCCAGAAAGAUAAUUGUCAUUAAAUAAAAAGAGAUUAAUGGCAAGAACAUGGAAUGGAGGAUAAUAUGCUUUUAAAACAAAAGCUGGAUGUUAAGCUAAUAAAACAUCAAAAACUAAUCAAGAUUCUGGUAUAGUAUUACCUAAUUGUUUGGAAAAGUAAAUAUAUUCAAAAUAAGUAAGUUUAGGUUAUAGUAUGUUUGGAGUAUGUGAUGGUCAUGGCACUAAUGGACAUUUAGUAUCUCAAUUUAUAAGGUAAGCAUUACCAAAAUAUCUCGAAUCCUUCUUAAGUAAAGAGGAUAAUAAAUACAAAAUUAUUUAAAAAGCAUUCGAAUAAACUAAUAAGGAGAUAUGGGAUUCUGAAACAGAUACAUCUUUAUCAGGAUCUACUACUGUCUCUGUUAUUAUUAAAAAAGAUUAACUUUGGACAGCAAAUGUAGGAGAUUCUCGAGCUAUUAUUUGUAGAAAUCAAGAUGGGAAUUGGAAGGCAAUUUAAAUUACAAGAGACCAUAAACCAAAUGUAGAAGAUGAAAAAUAAAGAAUUAUUUAAGCAGGAGGAAGAGUAGAGAGUUAAAAAGGUUAGAUCUUAAUUUAAUAUAGAUUAUUAUGGAAAUUCAAUUGGUCCUGAAAGAGUUUGGUUAUCUUAUAUAGAUGCACCAGGAUUAGCAAUGACAAGAAGUUUAGGUGAUAAAGUAGGUGCUUAAGCAGGAGUAACAGCUGAUCCAGAAAUAUUUGAAUUCACUUUAACAUAAUAUGACUAAUGUAUUGUAAUUGCAUCUGAUGGAGUUUGGGAAUAUCUUUCAAAUGAAGAUGUAAUGAAUGUAGUUACACCAUAUAUUGAAAAAGAGAAUAUAGAUUUAGCAGCAGAUAGAUUGAUGGCUGAAUCUAUUAAUGCUUGGAAGAGACAUAGUUUAGCCAGAGAUGACAUUACUUGCAUAGUUGUUUAUUUAAAGAGUUGA